AUGGCACCAACCGCACCGAUAGAAGUACUCACAACCGCACUGGUUGCGCGGUUUUUAAGAACGAACAAUUACUCAGAGACCCUCAAAGCUUUAAUUCGCGAGGCCGGACUUGCUUCCGACGUGGGGCAGAGCUCGGGCGACGACACCAACAAUUGGACCAUCCAGGGCCUGCUGGAGGAGAAGAAGGCCUAUGAUCACAGUGCGAACUUCGAGCGAUACGGAAACGAUAACAGAGAGACUGCUCCAUGGAGCGAGCCAGCACCGAGUAAACCGAGCAUUGUGUCAAUCCCGACAUCAUCGAACAUUCUUGCAGCAUCAGUUGAGCCGUGGCAGAAACCUCGUGAUGACGAGACACUAGUCCCAUCACCAGGGCCGUUCAUCGUCUCCACGGGAGCUGAUAGACAGGUGCAUCUACUCGAGACUGCGGCUGGAAAUGCACAGUUUGCUUCCUUCUCCGGCCUAUCAGACUCGCCUGUGCUUUCCUACCUGUCGAUUCUGGAGGGUCGCUAUGUACUCAUGACCAACAUGUCGGGACAGUUGCUUCUGCAGCACGGAUCUCGCACGCUGGACAGCAGGAAGGACCAUGCAAAAUAUGCUGUCAAGGUCGUUGCCCACAAAGAUCGCAAUGACCCAAGCGUAUUUUGGGUUGCGACUGCUGGCUGGGACUCAAGUGUGAUCUUAUAUCGCUUACAUACCCCGGAUGAAGCCAAUGAGGAUGCACAUUCACCAGCGCUUGGGGAGCCCGUUGCCCGUAUUAACACAACGUCAAACCCGGAGUCUAUAGUUUUUGUACCCCAUGUCGAUACAGGCGAGCUGAUUCUGCUCGUUUCCCGCCGCGACUCGUCCUAUAUCUAUUACUACCAGGUUGAAUCAGUACCAAAUGAGACCGGGAAUCAGAGUGCAACCGAUUUCGAGUGUCGUCUCAUGGGGCGUCAAAAUCUAGCACCCCAUUCCAACGCCUGGGUUGCUUUCUCUCCAGCCCACAUGGCACUCAGCCCUCACGACCCCGGUCUUUUAGCUGUUGCUACCUCGACAUUACCGCACUUGAAAGUGAUUAUCGUGCGUCUUCUAUUCCCAUCCACUACUGAAAAGGAUGAAUCGAAUACAUCGACCUCGGAUGUUGCGGUCACGCAAGCUUCUCAGGCAUUGGAAGCUCUGGCACUGCAGAACAAGGAAGAUGCAGCCAUUCUCGUCCAGGCCAACACUACUGCACCGCAGACGGCAUACUCGACUCCGCAAGUUGCAUGGCGGCCUGACGGCUCGGGAGUCUGGGUAAAUGGCGAUGAUGGUGUGGUUCGUGGUCUCGAAACGAAAACUGGGAAGCUUAUAAUCAUGCUGAAAAAUGGCCAUGAGCCAGGCUCUAAAGUGCGGUCUGUUUGGGCAGGAUACGUCGAUGUGACACAGGAGGGCAAGGACCCAAUCCGAGAAGAAUGGGUCAUUAGUGGCGGAUUUGAUAAAAAGUUGAUUGUUUGGCGGGUAUGA